GCUUCAGUGAGAUCUAAAAGAAGAAGAAGAGACUUCCCUUGUUUUGUUACCAAACAUCCGUCGCCCCUUUAAAUGUCAUUUGACUGUAAAUACAACAUUGCCCGUUCAAGCUAAAGUUUCACUGCAGCGUUAAAAGAAGAGGACGAAUCAGCCAAGUAGACAAAAUGCUCUCUCGCAUGUUAGUGUAUCUUAUCAACAACCUUCAGGUCAUUGAAAAGUUAGCGGAGUCUCGUCCCAUCCGCAGGGCAGCCCAGAUAACAGCCUACGCCCUCACCAAAGCUCAGAUUAUCGGCCGGGACACAUCGGAUCGAGUCAUGAGGUCCCAGACCUUGCGGCAGGUCCGACAGGAAGCCGGUAGAGUCCCCGAUGACUUGGAGGAGGUGAGCAACCGCCUACGGAGGGUCCGAGAGACCUUCGUCAAGGAGGUGAAGGACGGCUGGAAGGAGGGAUCCACGCGGAUCAAGAAACGAUGAUGUUGAAAUGACUGUUGGCAGUUGACGAUCAGAGUUUGGUCUGUGGGAGGAAAAGAUCAAUGAACAGCAGAAAUCCACAUAAUCAGCUGUCAAACGGGAGUAUUUUUGCACCUACUGUUUUCAUUUGAAGAUAAGCUUCACUUUUUGAAAACAAAUGAAAAGUGUUUAUUUGUAUUAAAAUGAAAGGAAGCAGAUAUAAAUGAAUGCUGGAAUAUAAAGUUAAGUGUGUCUUUAUCACAUUUUAUUGACACUAUAAUUUUAAACAAUCAAUUACCAUAUUGGAUAAUUCCUACAGAAUGUGUUUGUAUCUUCUAAAGCCGCACACAUAUGUAUUUUUUUCCCUAUUUGCUCUCCCACUGUGCAAAUAAGAAAUUGAUAUUCUGCCUUAGCGCCUCUUUACCACUGCACAUGUAAAACAUAUACUACUGGAAUCAUAUUUAGAUGUGUAAAGUAAUAUCUGUAUGUAUAUAGUAUGAAUUAAUUAGAAAUGUUUGAAU